AUGCCCUUUGAUGAGCAAAAGUUAAACCUUACUAUAAGGAUGAAGCUUGGUGUUAAAAGGAAUUCCCAAGCUAACAGACUGAGUACCUUCUUUAAAGGAAGAAAGUCCUCCGCAAGCGGAAAACAACCCACAGAUGUGGACGAAACUAGAGAUUUGUCGAACACAUCAACAGAUUCUGAAAAUGGAAAGAGCGAAGAAGAGAAUGACCUUCCAAAUUCGAGUGCUGCUAGCCAAGAGGAGUAUCUGGUCGUUCUUCACCGUAUUCUACAGGAGCAAAUAAUCAACACAAAGGCAGUUUAUAGACUGGCAGGACAUACGAUUACAGUUGAGGUUCUCGAAGAUACAGAACUAUAG